ACUUGUUUAACAAAAUCUAGAUGACUAAUUGCUUGCAUGGCCUCUACGCCCUUCUACCACUACAAUUGCGAAUCCCCCUUGGCCGCUGUUGCAGCCUCCCUCCUACAUCGUUGCGCCUCUUCCGGCAGCACCGCCACCCUUCGCAAGACUCGCCAGCUCCACGCUCUCAUCCUCAUCGCCUUGCCCUGCGACUCCCCUCCCUUCCUAUUCAACAACAUCCUCUCCCUCUACGGCAAAUGCUGCGCCCUCGGUCACGCCCGCAAGGUCUUCGAUGCAAUUUCUCCACGAAACCUCGUCUCUUACAACGCCAUGAUCGCCGCCUACACACACUCGAGGUGCCUCGCUGGUGCUCAGUCCGCCCUCCGACUCUUCCGCGAGCUGUGCCUCGUCGGCUUGGGGCCCAGCGCCUCCACGCUCUCCAGCCUCGUCCGAGCUUCGGCGUCCUUUCAAGAACCGCUUCUUGGUCGCGGCCUGCACUCCAAAGUCGUCAGGUAUGGUUUCCCUAACAAUGUGCGCGUUCAAACUGCGCUUCUCGGGAUGUACUCCGACAACGGAAGUCAUGAAGCUGUCGAGAAUAUCUUCUGGGAAAUGAGCGAGAAGGAUGUUGUCUCUUGGAAUUCGAUAGUCCUCAGCAAUGUCAAAAAUGGUAGUGUCGAGCAAGGCUUCCAGCAUUUCUGCCAAAUGAUCCGGACUGGCUUAAUGCCUAAUAAUUCCACAUUUUCUAUAAUUCUAAAUGCUUGCGGGAAACUGGAGGAUGGAAAAAGAGGGCGCAUUGUCCAUGCACAGAUGUUAAAAUCAGAUAUCAAGCCUGAUAUCCUGUUGCAGAAUGCACUAGUCAACAUGUAUGCUUGCUGCGGAGACAUGCCGUCUUCUGCAUUGGUUUUUGACAAUAUGGAGAAGCCAAACUUGGUCUCAUGGAACUCCCUCAUUGCUGGUUAUUCUGAUUCCGGUGAAGGCGAGAAGGCCAUGAAAGUUUUCAUCAAGUUAGAGGAUGUGCCUUCUUAUAGAGGAUCAUACCCAGAUGACUAUUCCUUUGCUGCAGUUAUUUAUGCUACUGCUACUUUACCUUCUGUAUGUUACGGGAGGCCUCUUCAUGCACAAACUAUAAAGUCAGGGUUUAAUUUAAGCAUAUUUGUAGCAAACACUCUAAUCAAUAUGUAUUUCACAAAUGGUGACUCUGAUUCUGCUCAGAGGCUGUUUGGUUUCAUAUUGAUUAAAGAUGCAAUACUUUGGAGUGAAAUGAUCGUUGGUCAUUCAAAGUUGGGUGAAGGCGAGCUAGUUUUGAGAUAUUUUUAUUUAAUGCUAAACGAAGGACAUAAAAUUGAUGACUUUUCUCUCAGCAAUGCAUUGGGAUCAUGUGCUGAUCUUGUAGUGCUGAACCUAGGGCAAAUGAUCCAUUCUCUGGUGGUGAAAUCUGGAUAUGAAUCAAACAUCUGUGUUUGUAGGAGUUUGAUCGACAUGUAUGCUAAAAAUGGUAUUCUUCAAGGAGCUGACUCUAUCUUUUGUAGAAUACAGAAUCCUGAUUUAAAAUGCUGGAAUUCAAUGAUUGGAGGUUAUGGUAACAUUGGAAACUCUGAGCAGGCAUUUAAGAUGUUUAAUUCAAUGGUAAGGAAAGGGCUGCAACCUGAUCAUGUGACUUACCUUUCUCUGGUUUCUGCUUGUAGUCAUUCAGGCCAAGUGGAGAGAGGAGGAUUCUACUGGUUUUGCAUGUCGGUGGAUGGUAUAGUUCCAGGUUGUAAGCACUAUGCUUGCAUGGUAAAUUUAAUAAGUCGAUCGGGACUAUUGCAAGAAGCCAAGCAGUUCAUCUUGGGAUCACCUUUUGCUGGGUCAUGUGAAUUAUGGCGAAUCUUAUUGUGUUCAUGUGUUAUUUUCAGAAAUUUGGAAAUUGGUGCACAUGCUGCACAACAAGCUCUAAUCAUAGAACCUGAGGACACUAUGACCUAUAUACUCCUUUCAAAUCUUUAUGCUUCUGUUGGGAAAUGGGAUGUUGUUAAAGGAAUUAGGAAGAAGGUCAGAAGAGUAAUGUUAGAUAAGGAACCCGAGUUAAGCUGGAUUGAGAGAAAAAAUGUUGUACAUGUGUUUUUUACUGAUGAUGAAUUUCAUGAGCAUAUCGAUGAGUGCAGAAACGAACUACUUAGAUCAUAGGGUAAUUUAUUGGGAUUAAAUUGGUCACAUUUGCAGCUCUACAUCAGUCUGAUAUCUUAAAGAAAAAUGACCUUGUGCUAGCGUGCUCGCGCCUUGACUUUUAGUUUGACCUGGUUUAAUUUGAGUUGUGAGCAGGAAGGGCUGAUAUUGAUGUUAUCCAGGCCAUCCAACAAUGGUUUACUCACCUGUUAUUGCUUAACUCACAAGGUUUCAUUAAUAAGAUGAAUUUGUUAAAGAAGAAGAAAUGUCAAUCCUACUAUCCUCCAUUUCCUUCUCUGGAUUGAGGUAGUCAUUUGUUAGCUAUUAAAGAUCAUAAGGAAGUAUAAUCAAAUGCUGACCUUUCUCAAAGAUAUAUACAUUUGAAUGUCACCAAGGUCCCUUCUUUUCAUGCAUUGUAUUCUUUUUUUCAUGUCAAACAGAUGCUAAUCAAACUUUUUGUUUUGCCUGGAAAGGAUAGGCUCCUGAUUGUUGAUCUGAUUCUGCUGCAUUGAAGAUGGCCUUAAGUUCACUUAUGUGACAACUUUGUUCGUUCUCCAUGCUAAGCUGAAUCUAACAUCAAGCUUCUGCUUUUUCUCCUAGAAUUCUUUUCUCUAUGUUGAGUUGGUUCUCACACUUCUCAAUGCUCCCUCUUGAUUUCUAUUGUGAUUUCUGUUGUCAGCUGAACUUUCCCUUGAUUUGACAUUUUGAAUAAAGUGGCGUUUAGGAUAUCCCAAGUCCUUUUCUGGGUCCUUUUAUGUAGCAAUCAUCACUCAAAGUGUGCAAUAGAGGAAUGCUUGAUCAAAAAAGACAGUGACCGCAAGGAAUUGGAGUCAUUGCACAAAGAAUAACAUGAAGGAGACAAGGACUAUACAUUUUGGUACUGGUACAUGGGUGUAUGUCUACAAGCAGUCUAUUGACCAAAAGAAAAUAAAUUUGCCUAUUGCAUUGAGAUCAUUGCUUGAAUGCCCUCAAGGGAAUACUAGGGCACAGUCCGGGCGUGCUUAUCAGCAUAUGGAGACAGAGAAUGGUUUUGAUAAAAUUGUUCAUCAUGAAUCUGGCUUAAAGCUGCUUUGCUGCCACUUAUACAGUGGGCUGAGAUACAAAUACCAAAUCACGUCCACAAAGAUGCAUCUGUUUUUUUGUAUGUCACAGCUGGAGUUCAUAGAUUACCUAGUCCUGAUUCAGAGUGUCUUCUUGACAAGGCAUGGGCAAUUUUAAAGAACUCAUCAUUGUUUUUGCAGAAGAGACAGGAUUAGGAUAAUAUCUAGCAUGGAAGAAGCAUAUUAUGGAUGGAUAGCUCUCAAACAUCAUAUGGGUCUAUUGGAUUCUUUCUUGAUCUAGGUGGUUCUUCCUUGCAAGUUAUUUUUGAGAUGGAUACACCCACACAUGAUGAUACAAGUGUAAGUUAGAGGAUUGCUUCUUCUAGUCACCAUCUCAGUGCUUAUUCUCUGGCAAGGUUUGGGUUGAAUGAUGCAGUUGAUGAGUCCGUGGC